AUACUAGAAGAUGAUGAGGAGGUUAUGGAAAGCUAUCUAGAGGGCAUCUACGAAGUGAACAAUCACAUUGAGCGAUUUUCAUUACAAGAUCCUAAUGCAGAAAAAUGGAAGGCUAGCAAGGUCCCGAUAAAGAAACUGAAUAAUUGUGCGAGCAGCUUCACAGUAUAUCAAGAAGACGAUGAGAAGGAGAACACAGAUCCACAAACGAACAAAGUCGAGCACCUUGCUGCAAUGUAUGAUAAAGACGAGAUCAAGCAGGACGUCAAGAAAGUGGUGCGGAAGAUCAACUUCGAUGACGACGAUGACGAAUAA